UCUAAACCAAAUUAAGAUUUGAUAGCUACGUUCCAAAACGCUCCAUCUAAAUUAAUUGAAGCGUAGGUGUAGCAUAUAUGUUGUCUUCAACAAAAUUGUAACAUAUGAACCACUUAUAUAUUGUUCACAAAUAAUGGGCCUGUUUGGAAAUAAUGUUAGAGAUUAGCGUUAGCAUUUUAAAAUGAUUAUCUACGGGCAGUGUUUAGCGUUAACAUUUUUAAAAUAAUCUGCACAUAAAGAGCAGCAAAAGAACAAACACCAUCAGCAUGGCAACAAGGGUGAAAGAGAGUGCUGCUGGAGGAAAGGGAAAGGAGAAGAAAGGAAUAACUAUGUCCCCAUCACCAUCAUCACCACAUGCAACUCAUCAUCAUGACAGAAGAAACAGCACCGGCCACAACACAUCAUCAUCAUCAUCAUCAUCAUCAAACACGCCGAACAAGCCCACAUACUCCUCCGUCGUCGCCAGAAAAAAGCCGCCAUCACAGCAGCUUCUUCUUGAAAGCAGCCAUGGAGAAACCACCAGGCCUUACCUUGCUAGAAGAAAGUCUUUUGACAACAAGUCAUCAGCACACUCAGUUUCCUCAUCUGCCCCUCGCCCAACGUCUCGUCAAGGGAACAAUGCCAAUAAUAACAAUAAUAAACCCACUUUGCCAAGGCCAAAACCUGGCUUUGACAAACCAGCCUCUAAUAACGCCAAGGGCAAAAUCGUAAUGAGAUCAAGCCCGGCAGUCGCAAAGUCUUCUUCCACAAGACCAACUUAUAAUCAUAAGUCACCAAACAACAGAAAGAGCCUUGGCACAUUGUCUUCUUCAUCAAGGGCACCAAUUAACAAGAAAAGGCAGGAGAGAAUUGUUGCCACAAGCAGCCAAGAAGCUGAUGUAUCUAAAGCUAACAAUUACCCAUCAAAUCACACUAGUGAUGAGGAAGUCAUGAGGAGGAACAACAAAACAGAGCAAGAGAAUGAGAACAUAAUUGUGUUGGGAGAUGAGGAGGAUUUGGAUGAUUUGGAGUCAUUUGAUGAUGAAAAUUGUUCAUUGGGAGUCCCACCAGAAGAUCCCAUAGAUCAUUUCGACACCACCUUUGAAGAAGACACUGGAGAUUCUGAAGGGAUCAUCACGGAGCAUGAACAUUCUCAAGAUGAGGAGGAGAACAAGAGCACGACUACAACAGAAACGCUUUCUAUCGUCGCAGAUUCGAAGUUUGUGGAAGAAAACAGUGACAAUGAUGAUGAUGAUGAGAAGAUAGUCCUGGUUUGUGACAGUAAUGAGAGUGGUCAUGUAUGUGAUGGCCAUGAAGAAAAAGAAGAAAUGAAGAGGGAAACAACAGAAAGGGAAGGAGAUGACCGUUGUGAUAAUGACGACGACAAUUAUGAUGAUCAACAAUCCUCUGCUGCUGCUGAAUCCUCUGCUGAAGAAGUUAAAGAAACCUGCAUUGAGAGUAAUAAUAAUAAUUCCGACAGUUCCAAUGAAGUUAAGGAAACUACUACUACUACUGCUACUACAGAUGUGACAGUGGUGCAGGGAACGAGGACAGAGAGCGUGGUGUCUAACAGUGUUAUUGAGGAGAUGGCGAGCAAGCUUCGUGAACAAAGGAAGAACAGGGUGAGAGCAUUGGCUGGGGCCUUUGAAACUGUUAUCUCUUUGCAAGAACCCAAGUGAUGAGGAUGAUGAUGAUGAUAAUUAUGACAUCUGUUAACAAGAAAACCCCCAAAAGAGGCUUUGAUAUUUUGUAAUUCAUACAUAUUUGGUUGAUAUGGAACAAUCUUCGUUCAGCAUGCAUGAUGGGAUCAUUUGAGUCCAACAAUUUUUCUCAUUAUAUAAGCAUAUAAAUCCUUGCUUUAUGUAUCUAU